AUGUUUGGCCUACCUCAGCAACAAUCUGAAGAAGAAAAAAGAUUGCAUCAACAGCAAUCCAACCAGACUUUGACUAACGCUGCUUACGCAGCUGCCGCUUUAUGGUUGUCUCCAUUGAUCUGGCACUUCAUUAAGAAGCAAUUCAAAUGA